AUGGAGAGCAGCCCGGCAGGUGCCAGCACAGGAGACCGGCUGGUGAUGAAGAUCAAGCCAGAGAAGCCAGAGUGGCUGCUGCAGACCCUGGCGCCGCCGGCCACGCUUUCCAAGGACAAGGAAAACAUUUUCCAGCAACCCCUGGGGCUCCCACCAUGCCAGGCUCUGGGGAAACCCCGAUCCUUGAGGGGACAGGAAGAGACUGGGGGUCCCAGGUGGACCCCUCCCACUGAGCAGGAUGCUGGGCUGGCAGGCCAGGUUCCCGGGGCAGCCCCCGGCCCCCUGAGCCCCGUUCUUCCUGCCAGCGCGGGCCACUUCGUGUGCCUGGACUGCGGGAAGAGGUUCAGCUGGUGGUCGUCCCUGAAGAUCCACCAGCGCACCCACACGGGCGAGAAGCCUUACCUGUGCGGCAGCUGCGGCAAGAGCUUCAGCCAGAAGCCCAACCUGGCGCGCCACCAGCAGCGGCACACGGGCGAGCGGCCCUUCCGCUGCCCCGAGUGCGCCAGGCGCUUCAGCCAGAAGCAGCACCUGCUCAAGCACCAGAAGACCCAUUCCCGGCCCGCCUCCUACUCCUGCCCCGAGUGCCAGCGCUGCUUCCGCCACCAGCUGGGCCUCCGCACCCACCAGCGCGCGCACGUGCGGGGCCGCCAGGGCGCCCGCGCCGCCGGGCUGUGCGAGCUGCUCCGGGACUCCGCCGCCCGCGGGGGCUGCCGCCUGCGUCCGGGGCCGCCGCGUGGGCGCCCCGAGUGGGCCUGGCUGGGGCUCUUCCAGGGCUGGCGGCGCCAAGCGGGGGCCCAGCCUGCCGCCGCCGCCGCCGCCGCCGCCGCGGGGCCCGGCGAGCAGCGCCCGUUCAUCUGCAGCGAGUGCGGCAAGAGCUUCGCGUGGUGGUCGUCGCUGAACAUCCACCGGCGCACCCACACGGGCGAGCGGCCCUACCCGUGCCCCGAGUGCGGCCGCCGCUUCAGCCAGAAGCCCAACCUCACGCGGCACCUGCGCAACCACACGGGCGAGCGCCCGCACCCCUGCGCGCACUGCGGCCGCCGCUUCCGUCAGAAGCAGCACCUGCUCAAGCACCAGCGCACGCACCUGCCCGGCGCCCCGGCGGCGCGCUGCCCCGCCUGCGGCCAGAGCUGCCCCGGCCGCGCGGCGCUGCGGGCCCACCGGUGCGCGCCCGCCGCCGCCGCCAAGUCGCUGGGCCCCGGGUCUCAGGCCCAAGGCCCCCCGGGCCGGUCGGCGGCGCCACCGCACAGCCCUCCAUCAGCCCGGCGACCCGCCGACGUGCGGUGGUGCAGCAGCGCGCGGGAGGAGCUGGUCGGGCCCGGCGAGCAGCGCCAGUUCAUCUGCAGCGAGUGCGGCAAGAGCUUCGCGUGGUGGUCGGCGCUCACCGUCCACCGGCGCAUCCACACGGGCGAGCGGCCCUACCCGUGCCCCGAGUGCGGCCGCCGCUUCAGCCAGAAGCCCAACCUCACGCGGCACCGGCGCAACCACACGGGCGAGCGGCCCUACCGGUGCGCGGCCUGCGGGCGCAGCUUCAGCCAGAAGCAGCACCUGCUCAAGCACCAGCGCACGCACCUGGAGGCCCCGCCGCCCGCCCCCAGCGCCAAGGCGGAAGCGCUUUAG